AUGUAUAAUUUCAACUUUAAACCUCUCAUCGUAUUACUGGUAUCUUUACAAAAAGUAUUUUUCAACUGGGUAGUGGCAGAAUUCGAUGAUCCUUCCUCGGUCCAGACGACCACUGCACAUUUUUCAGAUCCAAAACUUGGCCGAAUGUCGUGGGUAAUUUAUGAAAAUGAUUUGCCUUGGACUGGGCAAUAUUAUUUUACCGAGUCUGCACAAAUAACAAUCAGCAAUUUAUUAGCAGUUGUGGACAGUUCAAACGGUAAUCACCUUGGCAAUUGUUCAUCAUUUGCUCCACGAGAUAACAGAUGGCGACGGUUCUUCUGGACGUUGACAGAGAAUUCGUUGAUUUGUAAUAUCACAGACAUCGAGUCGACCAUAUCGAAAGUCAAUUUUCCCCCAAGCAAUUUGCCGCGAACAUUUUCAUUACGUAUUCUUGCUCAAGAUGGACCAGAAUGCAUUCGUGAUAUGAUUGUGCAGAAUGAAAAGCUAGCAAACUGUCCUCCCAGGUUGCAGCGCAACUCAUUCCAGGCAGUUGCUCUUGAAUGUGGCUGUUCCAUACCUGCUGCGAUCAGCACACAUUCUUCCAGGCAUUUGCUCAAACCAGAUGUACACAGCAUCCUCACACCGACUCAUAUCAUUAGCAAUCAACCGUUUUUCUUCUCACCCAAUGCAAAUAUACCGUUUGCGCAUAAUUUAUUAACCCAUACUUCGGAGAACGUCAACAGUUCCAUACUGAACGAAGGAAAAAGUACUCAGAGGUCUGAGAUAGCUGCUAGAAUCCCAGUAGCUUCUAGCACUUCCUCAACUGAUAAAUCGGUGGGAGUGGACAGCGUGAUACCGCCCACAGAACAUAGUCCUGUAAGCAAUAUCUCUCAAAACAGUGAAUUAAUGUCAUCAGUUCUAUCGCAAAUAUCAAAUAUCCCGAAAACAAUAAUAAAAGAUGUUAAGGUAGAGAUGAAUAGCCAACCUUGCGCUAGUAUUCAGUGUCAGAACAAUGGUUCUUGUGUCUUAGGACAUGAUGGAUCGCCUAUUUGCAUGUGUCCAGAAGGUUUUAUCGGAUCACAAUGCGAAAUAAAAUUAUGUGCUAAUGUAAAAUGUAAGAAUGAUGGUAUUUGUAGAACUACAGGAAAUAUACCUUAUUGCCUAUGUCAGCCAGGAACUACUGGUACAUUCUGCGAAGAGAUUCUUUGCAAUCCAGUUUGUGAACAAGGCGGAAUUUGUGAGAAGAUUGGUAAUGCUCCCAUUUGCCGAUGUCCAUCUGGCACCAUUGGAGUCAACUGCAAUAUCAUAGAUACUUGUCAUAACAAUACACAAGCCUGCCUCAAAUACGGCACAAGUGCUCGGUGCCAGUUAGAUCCGAACAGUUUCGCACUGAUCUCUCCAGUUCCCUUGAACGCUUCAUUUACUUGUCUUUGUUUAAAUGAACAGUCUGCAGUUGCUAUGUCAGUAAUUUCUGCUUCAGAAUGGAUUGCUUGUAAGGAACUGCAAGAAAAACCCUUGACUGCAGUGAAGUUAACUACAUCCGCAGCUGUACUCGGAGAAUCAAAUAUCGUAAAACCAAUUCAAUCAAUUUUGAAAGCAGUGCUACCUCAAGAUCCAAAACAACAUUUGGUACCAACUUUGCAUAGUAUUCCACGUUUUUACAAUAAUCGGUCAUUAUCAGAUUCUUUUUUGAUGACACCAACUGAACGUAAAACUGGCAUUGCACCACUGCAUAAUGACGAGAAUUCCCAGUCACACAGAAUUUUAGAAACUGAAGGAUCGUUAGCUCCACGCAGAACCACCGAGCUGACGCCUGUCCCGUUAGUUACACGCCUUUCAUCAAACCAAGAUUUCUCGAGUACUGUUGCUGUUUUUCCGACAACUUUAGAAUGGUCUUCAGUUACUACCAAAGCUGUACCGUCUUUUCGGCAUUUCUUUAAUGCAACUUCUAGAUCUCAAGAGUCUACAGAAGUAGAAGAAGCAACAACGCUUGUAACAAUAAUGACAACACCGGGAGACUCAGAGUUCACAAAUUCUGUAAAUUUCACAACACCAAAUACUGGUACAACUGGGAAUUUUGAUUUUGAUGCCGAUUACAGAGAUAUAUCAAAGGUAUCUGUAGAGCAGAAUGCAAAUGUUAGUAAAGAAAUGAAUUCAUCAGUGAUGGAAGAUUUACUGUUCACUGCAUCAAACACUGCAACGGCAGGAGUGGAUGGCAUGUCAUUCACAACGUCUCCGUAUCUUUCAUUACACGUUACUUCCAGCACUGAAAACGAUUCAGUUAAAACGUCAAGUAGUCCAUUUUUCUCUUCCUUUAGCUUCACGCCAGUUAUGAAGCAGUUGAGUGUAAACUCAGAAAGUGAGGAUAAAGUUGAAGAUGAACAGUCAACUUCAACGGAAAGGAUAUUAAUAGUAACAAGCGAAGUUAGCAAAGAACCGACGCAAAAAACUGAUCAGACGAGCACAUUAGAGGUCAAGCCCAACACGCGGAAAGAUGGAAUUUUUGAAGGAGAUAAUGUCAAGUUAAUGAAACUGACCAUUGGUCUCCCCACAACUACAGCAAUUCCUAAUUUGCAGCAGCAGUCGGAGGGUGCUGCCAGGGAAGCUGAAGACAUGUCUGCAAAUGGCUUCUCUUCCGCUACCAUAGUUUUAGCUGUUAUUUGUUCACUGUUGAUGAUAGCAGGAGCAUGCGCCAUGUUAGUGCUGCGAUACAUACGUCGAUCACGUAAACUUCAUGGAAAAUACAAUCCAGCACGUGAAGAAAGUGUUUUGUCAAGUAGUUACUCUAUGCCUAUGACAACAGUUACCAAAGAAGAACGGCUCAUCUAA